CAAGGAACAAGCAAUAAGCUAACUCAACUUGCAAGUGUGGAUGACCACUAUAACAACCUUAAGAGGAUGUAUGAGAACUGUGAAAUAGUGCUUGGCAAUCUGGAAAUCACUUAUGUGGAUUACAACUAUAACCUUACUUUUCUGAAGAGUAUACAAGAAGUGGCUGGCUAUGUGGUUAUAGCAAUGAAUGCAGUGAAAACUAUUCCUUUGGAGAAUCUCCAGAUAAUACGAGGGAACACACUUUAUGAAAAUGCUGCACUAGCAAUUUUAUUAAAUCACAAUGGUACGAAGGGACUUGAAGAGCUACCAUUAAGACGCUUGGCAGAAAUUCUAAAUGGAGGAAUAAAGUUCAGGAGUAAUCCUUACCUCUGCAACAUGGAAAAUGUUCUGUGGGAUGACAUUUUUGAUAAAAAUAAUAUUCGGAGUUUUGUACAGUUUGACACCAGUGAAAAAACAAAGGGAUUAACAGAAUCUCACAUAUCCUGUUCUCCUUGUCAUCCGAAUUGCACAAGAGGGCAUUGUUGGGGUGCUGGCGAAAAGAAUUGCCAAAUAUUAACUAAGAUUGACUGUGCAGCACAGUGCUCAGGUCGAUGCAAGGGAAGAUUGCCAAGUGACUGCUGUCAUACUCAGUGCGCAGCAGGAUGUACAGGUCCUAAAGAAAGUGACUGCUUGGCAUGUCGCAAGUUUUGGGAUGAUGCAACUUGCAAGGAGUCUUGCCCAGCUUUACAAAUAUACAAUCCCUAUACUUAUCAAUUGGAAGAUAACCCAGAAGGAAAGUACAGUUUUGGAGCAACUUGUGUAAAAAACUGUCCACAUAACUAUGUAGUAACAGACCAUGGUUCAUGUGUCCGAUCAUGCAAUGCAGACUCUACAGAAGUGGAGCAGAAUGGCAUUCGAAAAUGUAAAAAAUGUGAUGGCCCUUGUAGCAAAGUGUGCAGUGGAAUUGGAAUAGGUGAACUGAAAGGUGUUCUUGCAGUAAAUGAAUCCAAUAUUGAUUAUUUCAAGAACUGUACCACAAUCAAUGGGGAUCUCACAUUUCUGCAUGCAUCCUUUUUUGGUGAUGAAUACACAAAAACACCUCCUUUGGAUAUAAGGAAAUUGGAUAUUUUUCAAACUGUUAAAGAAAUCACAGGGUUUCUAUUGAUCCAGGUUUGGCCUGAAAAUGUCACUGAUUUGAGUAGCUUUGAAAAUCUGGAAGUAAUACGAGGUAGAACAAGACAGUUAGGUCAAUAUGCUCUUGCAGUCAUCAACCUGAAUAUCAAAUCUUUGGGAUUACGGUCUCUCAAGGAAAUAAGUGAUGGAGAUGUAGCCAUUUUGAAAAAUAGCCACCUUUGCUAUGGCAAUACAUUGGAUUGGAAUAAACUUUUUGUAACAUCAAAACAGAAAAUAAAAAUAAGCAAAAAUGGAAAUGAAAGUGAAUGUGUUGCUACAGGACAAGUUUGUCACCCCUUCUGCUCAAACAUAGGCUGCUGGGGCCCGGGACCCUUCCAGUGCUUUUCUUGCCGUUAUUUUAUCCGCCAACAGGAAUGUGUAAAACAUUGUAACAUUUAUCAAGGAAUGCCUCGAGAAUAUGAACAAAAUUCUGAGUGCUUUCAGUGUCAUUCAGAAUGCCUUGUGCAAAAUUCAACUGAACCAAUAUAUUUAACCUGCAGAGGACCUGGUCCUGGCAACUGCUUGAAGUGUGCUCAUGUAAUAGAUGGUCCACAUUGUGUUAAAUCAUGUCCUGCUGGCAUUUUGGGAGAAAAUGAUACCUUAGUCUGGAAAUAUCCAGAUGAAAAUUCAGUAUGUCAGUUGUGCCAUCCAAAUUGUGUUCGUGGAUGCAAAGGACCUGGACCUGAAGGCUGCCCUAAUGGAUCUAAAAUCCCAUCCAUUGCAGCUGGAGUUGUUGGAAGCAUUCUUUGCUUAGUGGUUAUAGCCCUGGGCAUUGGUCUUUUUGUCCGUAGACGUCGGAUUGUUAGAAAACGUACUUUGCGCAGACUGCUGCAAGAAAGAGAGCUUGUUGAACCUUUGACACCAAGUGGGGAAGCACCAAACCAAGCACUUCUAAGAAUCUUAAAAGAAACAGAAUUUAAAAAAGUAAAAGUCCUUGGCUCUGGAGCUUUUGGUACUGUCUAUCAGGGUCUCUGGAUUCCAGAAGGAGAAAAAGUUAAAAUUCCUGUAGCCAUUAAGGAAUUAAGAGAGGCUACAUCACCCAAAGCUAACAAAGAAAUUCUUGAUGAAGCAUAUGUAAUGGCAAGUGUCGACAAUCCCCAUGUGUGCCGUUUGCUGGGAAUUUGCCUCACAUCAACUGUCCAACUCAUCACUCAGCUUAUGCCUUAUGGUUGCCUUCUUGACUAUGUCAGAGAACACAAAGAUAACAUCGGAUCCCAGUACCUUCUCAACUGGUGUGUGCAGAUUGCAAAGGGAAUGAAUUACUUAGAGGAACGCCGUUUGGUACACCGUGAUUUGGCUGCCAGAAAUGUCCUUGUUAAGACUCCCCAGCAUGUGAAGAUCACAGACUUUGGAUUGGCCAAAUUACUUGGUGCAGAAGAGAAGGAGUACCAUGCUGAAGGAGGAAAAGUUCCAAUUAAAUGGAUGGCUUUGGAGUCAAUUUUGCAUCGCAUUUAUACCCACCAGAGUGAUGUUUGGAGUUUUGGUGUCACUGUUUGGGAAUUAAUGACAUUUGGAUCUAAACCAUAUGAUGGUAUUCCAGCCAGUGAAAUUUCCUCUGUCUUGGAGAAAGGAGAACGGCUGCCUCAGCCUCCCAUAUGUACAAUUGAUGUGUAUAUGAUCAUGGUCAAAUGUUGGAUGAUUGAUGCAGAGAGUCGUCCUAAAUUCAGAGAGUUAAUAGCAGAAUUCUCCAAAAUGGCUCGGGACCCACAACGCUAUCUUGUCAUACAGGGAGAUGAAAGAAUGCACCUGCCCAGCCCAACAGAUUCCAAAUUUUACCGAAGUCUAAUAGAAGAAGAAGACAUGGAGGAUAUUGUGGAUGCAGAUGAAUAUCUAAUUCCCCAUCAAGGAUUUUUCAGCAGCCCAUCAAACUCACGAACACCUCUCUUAAGCUCAUUGAGUGCUACAAGCAAUAAUUCUGCAGUAACCUGCAUAGAUAGAAAUGGGCAGGGCCAUCCAGUGAGAGAAGACAGUUUCAUCCAGAGAUACAGUUCAGAUCCAACUGGAGUUUUCCUAGAUGAUAGUCUGGAUGAUAGCUUUCUGCCUGCUCCAGAAUACGUAAACCAGCAAGUGACCCCAAAUGCAUCUGCUUCUAUGGUACAAAAUCCAGUCUAUAACACUUUCUCCCUUCCCAUUGAUCCAAAGUCUAUGAAUGAUUCAAAUCAAGAAAAGCUGCAUAACACAGCACUGGAUAACCCAGAAUAUCUCAACACAAGCCUCUCGCCUUUGGCUAACACAGUUUUUGAUAGCUCCUCCUACUGGGACCAGACAGCCAACCACCAAAUCAAUCUGGACAAUCCAGACUAUCAGCAAGACUUCUUGCCCAGAGACAACAAGCCUAAUGGCAUUGUUAAACUUCCUCCAGCUGAGAAUCCAGAAUACCUAAGGGUAGCAAUGCCAAAAAAUGAAUACAUUGAAGCCUCAGCAUGACCAUGAUAGAGACUUUGUAUAAUCUGAGCAAUACAGGCAAGAAACAUAGAUGAAAGAGUUGUUUGCUAUAUAGAAACAGACUGGUUAGAUUAAAAAUCAUCAUUACAUUUUGGAGUACACUUUUUUCUUUCAUGUGUCUGUACCGUUUCAGCAAGUUUGCUUAGAACUUCAUUUAUUUCUCUGUUUACAAAAGAUGCAACAAAGAACCAAGAAAUAUCAACCACCAAGCAAUAUUUUUUCUUAAGCUAUAUAUUAUCAUCACAGCCUUUUUCUGAAUAUUAACUGCUGUAAUAAGCAUCCACCUUAAGUCUAUUUGAUAUCUUAUCUUUUAUAGGCAAUUUGGGGUACUUCUUUAAAAAAGCCUUUAUGAUAGCAAAUGACAAGUUGUUUAUUCCAUGUGGAUCACAGUGAAAGGAGCAUAGGGUAAGUAGAAGGACUCAAGACUGAAAUCAUUUUGCCAGUCUCCUUAAUAGAAUUACUAGUAGUUUGAUUUAAAGAGAAGCUUGUUCCUAUGCUUUAGUCCAGCUAUUUGAACACCAGCUUAUUUGCUAUUUUAUUUGCAAUGAAAAUAAUAUUUUUUAAAAAUGUGAGAAUUCUGCUCGAUAUAACUUUGAUUACAUUGGGGGAAAGAAUGCCUAGUGCUUCAUAUAGCACAUACUGCCACCACUACUAUUGGGAAGUUCUGCAGGUUUCAGUUCAGGAAUGUUGAUAAAAUCCAAAAAGUUCAGGAAUAGUCAUCAGGUACUCUCUUGCAUGUUUCUGUAAUACUCAUUGUAGGUAUGAGCAGCAUUGUUUCUUUGGUCUGUUGUGCUUUUGUGCUUGUAUCUUAGUUUCAUGAUCUUUAGAGGCAUGAAAAAUGAACUUAAAUAUCUGCAAAUUGAAAACAUUGAUUCUUGUUUUGCACUUCAAACAUUCCACUUCACUGCCUUGUUGCAUUUGAACACAGUAUGUAUAUAAAAUGGUGAGGAAAUGCCAUUUGGCUAAAAUUGAAUUAUUACAUACAUCCAUUACAUGCACUAAGGAUGGAUCUUGGAGAAAUCUAUUGCAAAAACUGAAAAAAGUCUAUGAUGUGGCUCAACUUUCAUUUAUCGUGAAUUUAUGCAGAAAUUAUUAGUAGAGAAAAUAUUACAUCCAGGGAAAAUAUUUUAGACCAAAAUUCAGCAUUAUAUGAUAAAUAAAUAUAUAACCAGUUAAUUUGCAGAAGUCAUAUGAGGCAUGAUUCAGCAACUGCAUUUAAAGAGGUAAAUUAACUUAUUCUUCCAAAAUAUUCCACCAAAGUAGGAUGGUUUUCAGGCCAGCCUGAUCAUUAUAUAUUAAACUGAUGUUCUAAUACAAUGCUUGUACAUAUUUCUAUUCAGAACUUAGCCCAAUGAAUUCAAUACAGUUGUCUAUCUAAUAGGAAUAUAUAGGAUUGCAACCUAGUAGUGUGAUCUAGUAUACGCCUAUUUUAAAAUAAGACCUAUUAAAUUUAGGGGGAUUUAUUUCUGUGGUAGUAUGCAUAAUAUUGCAGCUCUCCUGGUCUCUUAUAUCAUGGGAGUAGUGGCAACAGUCUAAUACUGUUAUCCCUCUUAGUUUGAGUUUAUGACUUUGAUAUGUGAUAAGGCCACUAUAUAACAAUUUCUAUAUUGUUCAAAAUAAUGCUGAAUGUAAUCAUUAGAAUCCCUACCUUUAUUACAAAUGAAAAAUCAUUGAGAAAUAGCUAUUCCUCUUUUUAAGGAUACUAUAAAUUAUGUAAAUUAUAUAAAUACAUAUGGAAAGCCCUGAGUAUAAUUCAUUACGUUAGGUUAUGGCAUUUCAUAUCCCAGGAAAUAUAAGGUAAAAAUCAUCACAUAGUUGAAAAAAACUAAUCACACAUAUAAAUGUAUCCUCAAAAAGUUGGAGAUGUUCUAAAUAGUUCACUAUGAAGCACCAAAUCAUCCUGAAUAUCUAUUCUUUACAAUGCUGUUGACUUGGCUCUGGGUAAUGGAAACUAAAGACUAUAGAGAGUAUAAAUAUAUCUGGAAACUCUGAUUUGGACAAACAAAUCCAGUACUUAACUGCCUUUUCCAGUGAGUUUGAUUGUAUGACAUGGCCAAAAUACGUAAGGCCAAAUUUUAUUAUUCUGGCUAUAUUUCUAGUUUUGUAUGCUCCAUAUUUGCUUGUUUGUCACAUUUGCUUUACAAGAAAUGUGCAAGAAUCUUCUCUAACACCAUAGCUUGAACAAGUCCAUUUUCCUCCUGUUUUUUUCAUGGUCCAGCUUUUGUAGCCAUAGGUAACUAUGGAAAAUAUGAUAGUGUGGACUAAUUCUCAUUAAGUUGCCAGAAUGUAUAUGUACUACAUACAUGCAAUGAGCUGUAUAUACAUUUCCUGCUCUGAUUUGCAGGAAUUGGGCACAAUUCUAUAUGCAUUCUAUAUGCAUGAUGUCAAGUAAACAAAUUAUUUUGCUUAUAUAGCAGGAGGUAUACAGUGUAAAAUCAUCUUGGAUUGUUACAUAUAAUGAUUUUUCCUUUGAAAACUUAUAUUGAUUCCCAAGCAAAAGAUUUGUGUAAAUUGUGGUUAUGUAUGAAGUCACCCUAAGUGAUAUUUUGCAUUUCUGAACAAGGAUUUCAUUUUGAGGACUUAGAUAAUAAAAUAAAAAUUAUUAUCCACCCGUCGUGGUUCCGACAGCGUUGACACACCUCUUCGAUGUCAGCAGUUAUUAACAUGCUCUAAUUUUCUAUGAUUUAUAUUUCUCUGUGAGAAAAUACGUUAGAAAAAGUGGGGAAAAAUCUAUUUAUUCUUAUCAGCCAUGUUUAAAUUGUGUAUCAAUAGUGUGAUCAAUAUAUCAUACUGCCAAGGAACAGCCCUCAGAUGUAGAAUCUUCAGUUGCUGGUAAACAUAUUUCUUUCUCUUUAAGAUCCAUAUUACUUUUUCAUAUUCCUUAUAAUAUUUCACUUUUUAUCUGGCAUCAGACUUUUUAAAUAAGUCUUUUUAGAAAAAUCAUUACACUUCUUUUUACAUAAAAAAGGAUAUUUUGAUGUUGGAACUGAGGACAUUGUCAAGAAGACAUUCUUGUUGUAAAUCUAUAUAA